UUCCUCUCUAACUACCCAUCCUUUUAUUUCUUUUCUUUUGCAUAGCUUGCUCCAUUCCUCCUUUCACCUCCUCUCUAUGAGGCCAUAGCCGGAGGUCUCAGCAGGGCUUCCUCAUGGGGUGGCUCCACUCCCUCUUCUCCCCUCUGAGGAAGCUCUGGGUUCGUGCGCAUUCCGCACGUCGAAACCGGAGGGGAAUGCACAUUCUGUACAAGGAUGUCAAGUCUUGCCAGGAUGAGGAUGUGCAUGUUCUAUGGUCCAUAUUGGUGGAUUCGCACCGUCACCCAGCUCUGAUGAAGCUGAAGCUCUAGGGUUCUUGAAGAACAGAGCAAGGAUGAUGGCAGCUAUGAAUUUUCUGUGAUUUUGCCGUUUACUCGGCCAUUACCUCUGUAUAGAACAGCAUGAUUUCAAUGGCAUCAAGAUUGAAGGGGCAAAAAAAAUAGAAGGACAAAAUAGGCAGAUGUUUAUAUGCCUUUCUUGUGUGUAUUGAUGUUUCUGUCUUGUGGCUUUGUGAGUGAGGUUGAAAUGUCACCUUUGGUUGAUGUGAAUGCGAGUGAGGUUGAGUUUAAUGUAUUUGUAUAUACAGAUGCUCUGAUGCCUUACCUAAUGGUAUGAAGUUUGGUAGCACGUA